CACGCGACGCAGGCAUUUCUUGACGCGUUAUUGCUUUCGAUGAAGGCUUGUAUGCAUCCUUUCAGCAAUGGAGAGUCUGGUACGCUUGCAGGGUCUUCAUGCCGACUUGAUAGCCUUCUCGGAAACGCGCCUCGCCAACAUCGACCGUUUAUGGUCAGAGCUAGAGGAUAGCCUUGAAGAUUUCAGAAGACUGCUCGACAAGACCACAUCCUCGGCCGUUGAGAGGGAAGCCUACAACAGCGGGAAAAUCACUGUGGAUGACCAAGAGUACAGUGUGAACGACGACUUCAAACACAUAAGCCGAGCCAUCGCAACAACCCUCGACCUCGACGAAAUUGAGGCUGGCCGCUUACUCAUUGCGGUUCAAGCAGAUCCGAAUUCCAGCGACGAGUCCCUAGUGACGGACGUUGUUAGCAGCUACCACAAUCGCCGCGACCUUCUCCUCCAGUCAUUACGUAUCACCCUUCAGCAGUCUCUGAGUCUAGAAGCCGAGGGCGGUGUCAGACAACUUUUCGAGACCACUGUUGCGAAAGUGCUGGAGGUCGAUGGGGGAGUCACGAACAAUGGGUCUCUGUUUGCGAGAAAAUGCCUAAAUACCCUCGAGGAUAUUGAGAGAUUACAAACAAAGGUCGCAGACGCACUUCAGAGUAAGGCUGUCCUGGGUGGCCCUCGUGGACCAGAAUUCUAUGCCACCCUGGAAUUUCAAAGAGACAGUCUUUUCAAACAGCACGAGGCUUUAGCUUGUAUCCUUGCCUAUUUGUUCCAGGGCGACUAUACCAAUCAGGAGGAUCUGCGCAAGUUACAUGCCGCCGUCAAGCGCUGGAACCGCAUUGACUUCAAUCUCAUUCACUAUCUGCCGGCCUUCUCGGCGGCAUUCCGGCAAUGUGGAUCUCCAGGUAGUCAUCUCUCUCGGGAAAGCACAAAUGCUCUCGACAGCGUAUUUGCGCCCUUACCAAAUGAGCCUGCUUCAGCCUUGGUCCGCCCUUUCCAGGCGAUUCUGAGCUUGUGGUGGACAGUCGAGUACAGUGGACAGUUCCGUGAUUUAACGGACCAGGACGCUAGCAGCGAGAAGAGGGCUAGUGCCGUCAGUGCAGCUCUGAAAGAGGAUGUUCUAGAAUUGAUGCUGUCUAUAUGCACACGCACCAACUCUGAUGUCUGGCGGCAUCCCGCUCGACAAGAGCUGGUUGCUCUACUGCUCAGCGAAAGUUCGAGCAUUGGCCUUGAAGGGGGCGAUCUGACAUCCUCAUACUUCCGACUUCAAUUCAUGGAAUCAUUGGAGAAUUUCGUCGAGGCUUUCAUCUCUAACAUGCCUGACUCCAUUCGAAGAUUGAGGACUGAGGAAGAUGACCAGAGAUUGAACCUGCUAGUCACACUGCAGGAGGGACUGCCUCCCGAGCAUCGAGGAGGGGCUGUGAACAAGUUACAUCUCGAGUGUUUCCUCGUUCUUAUCUCGUUCGCCUUCGAAGGUCGACCUGAAGCUGCCGAGCAAUGGUGGGAAGAUCCUGACAGCAAUCUGUACGGGUUCCUACAGUGGGCUUCCAGAAGACAGACCGUGCCUCGUGUCAGCGCAUUCUGCGAAUUAUUGUGCUCCAUAUCAGAAGAUCACGAAUGUGCUGAAGCUGCUCACAAAUUCUUACUGGACGAGUCUUUGCCGACCACGACGAGAGGUCGACGUACGCCUUCGAUGAAUUACCAGCAAAUUUUUGCCGAGCUCGAGUUGUACGCGCACAAGGUCCAUGAACGCGCAACGUCUUCCCAGAUGCCAAACAUGCGGAAAAUCCAUCCUACCGACAUGAACGAGCUUGAGAGUCCAGUCAUGCUGUCUUGCUAUCUCCGCUUGUUGGCUCAUCUUACCAGGCAACCUAGCGGCACUCGCCCGUACAUCCUCGAGACCGCUUUCCCUUCUUUUCCGCAAACCAUGUUGCUACUCAGCUCCGGUCCAGUGCCCAGCUAUCUUCGAGCUAGCAUUUUUGCGGCAUUGGACGCGCUGCUUACUGACAAGUCUGUACAGACGGCCUCCGCGAUGUGGCAGAUCUUGGACAAUUGGGCUGCCAAUGGUCAGGAAAUGGUGCGGUCGGCCGUGACCAAAACAACCCAGGCUUUCAAGCCGACGCUGGCGGAUCUGCAGGCCAAUCUCAAUGCCAUUACACUUUCUUUCGACCAAUACGACUCGUUCGUGGUACUUUUGCGCGAUCUCGUUGUCAGUCUCCCCUCGACAUCGCUGGGGGGCGACAUGUUGCCAUUUCCGGCGGACCUUGGGUCAUCCUACAGAAGCCCCGGCAUCGAUCCAUACAUUGAUCUCGUCUGCGGCCAAAUCUUCGUAAAACGGGUUGCCGAAAUCACUGACGAUGUCCAGCGGUCUAUAGCUUCCUUCCAUUGCCUGGAAUUUAUGGCCGUUGGACUUGACAGUUUCAAUGAAGACUUCGUUGUCAUGAUGGAUCGUGCAAGCUCACAACGAGAUGCACUCCAGGACUCGCCAACGGCGGUCAUGUAUGCGCAGCGCAGCCCGUUCGCCAGGCUUAUGCAAUGGAUCUUGAGCGCAGAGAUGAACAAGGCGUUAAUGGAAUCCAUGCGGGUGCCUGUAGAGUCGAUCGAAAAUGCUCUACCGGAUUCUCCUCUUCUCCUGAGCCUGCAGCUUUCAAUCGAUAUUGUCAACCGGGUCCUCGACCUACAGCCAACUUAUUUCGACAUAGUCAGGCCUAUGAUUCAGUCUCGCCUGGCCUAUGACGGCUCAUUUGCUCGGUCGAACGUUGGCUCUAUCGAGGACGGCCUGGCUGCCCACCCAGAAGUUGUACUGAACCUUUGUCAGUUCGCCGCCACCGAUCAGGCUGGUCUUGCUCUUCGCGCUCUCGCACUACUCCAGAAGCUUUCCAGCUCAACCAAACUGAACAACCAUUUCCUGGCGUCGGAUCCUAUCCACGGUCGCGCGAGAAGACUCAUCGACAUGUUGGGUCCGAAUGCCACUUUUGAACUUGAGCCAAUUACCAGAGACCUGACUUCGAGACUGCUGUUCGACAUUAGAGAGCUCGAAGACGGCUUCGAAUCAGUCAGUUAUCUGACUAAAGAUGGCGUGCUGGCUUUACUCAACGCCUGCCUCGAGACGCAACCCGAUCUGCCAAAUAUUGCUCAUCUUCUUCUCGGCUUCGGCAGGCUCAAAGAGCGUUUGACGGUUUCCAAUUCGAUUGAUGCCGGCACUUCAGUCUUCAACUCUGUUAUUGAGCUAGUGCUGAACUAUCCGGAUCACGAAGAGAGUGUUAUGGCAUCUUGGCUGAUCCACAUCAAAUCUGCAGCGCUGAGGGUGCUUCGGCAUCUCUGGUCUUCGGACCUCUCACAGAAUAUCGUUAUUGGUCAACUCCGCCGAUAUCAAUUCCUGCAAUCGCUAUACUCCCGCCAGCCGGUUGUGUACCAACAGACUCUAUGGGACGGCAACACUGUCUUCCACCCUUCUUUCUGGUACACUACUUCUGCAGAAGCACUUGCCGAGUUUCUUGCGUUCCGAGCUUCACUAUUCAACUAUACUGCGGCUGAGUUGAGAGCCGCUGCUAAUGAUGGCUUAUCCACCACCCUCCGACAAGCCCUUUCUACAUUACAGGGAAAGACCAUCAAUCUCGACGGCACUAUCGCUAGAAAUCCGGAUGUGUUCACCUUCUUUGACUUUCUCGAACUGGAUCUCUCCUCAUCUUUUGAUUUGGACCUCAAGCAUUAUGUGGGCAUGGACGUUGAUGUGUACUUGACCGAGGCUAGCGACCGCAUGCCGGGGUUGUACGACAUCAAACUUAUCCGGGAGUAUCUUUCAACAUACCGGGCGGAUCUGUUGCAGAGGCAGUCAGGCACAAUAAGCAGUAGCAAGGUCGACGAACAGGAACUAAUUGCCGAAGCCGACUACGUUAUCGCCACGAUGGAAGCCCGCAACAGGUCUAUCGUGGCGCAUAGGGCCAGAAGCGAUGCAUUGCACGAAUACGUGGAGAUGAUUAUUGCUAUCCUUGAAUCCUGCCCAAUGGAUCCACCUGCAAAGCUACAAUUCAUCUUGCAUGUACUGCAGAUUAUGCUUCCGAAGCUCGACGUGCUCAUCUCAGACGAAUCCGAAGACGUCCUCGAAAUUGCACGAGCGGCCGAUGCGCUCUUGUUUUCGUUAUCAAAAACGGCAGCGACCAACACGCAAAUGGACAACAUUAUCACCGAGAAAUUAUUCCAGCUCUUUCGAGCUUCUAUCGAAGGUAUCCCACUAUCGAAUUCAAGCCCCAGCUUGCGGACGAUAUUCUACAGCAUCUGCUCGCAAUAUUUGGCACGGAUUGCGACACCCGAUAAAAGUGGCUCAGGCGUACAUUCCAAGGCUCGCAAAAACAGCAUGGAUUGCAUUCGUUCAGCAAGCCAACGCCUCAUUCCCGUGCUAUGUGACGAUGCAGAAGAUGGUGUUGAUGCGUGCCGGCUGAACGCGCUGAAUCUUCUGGCAUUACUCACUUCCCUCGCGCGCAUGGAGAAGUCCACUUACAUUGUCAACUCCUUCGUCAAAGCCAACGUGCUCGAAAUCCUUCUGGAAUCCCUAAAACAUGUCGCGACCGAAUUCCAGACCUCAGAACCAGCUCAUCGGUCUUAUCUCCUCUCCAUCUUUGAGUCACGCAUGUUGCUUCUAUUACAGAUUUCGCGGACUCGGGAAGGUGCAGGUGCUCUGCUUGAUGCAGGCUUGAUGUCUGCUGUGCGCGAUUCGCUGCUAUUUCGAGCCGACCCAGAUCUCGGAAUUUCGAUACCCAGUGCCAAUGAUCAAGCAGACCCUGGUUUCUCCAAUGUCGACUCGGGCGCCUCAGCUUUACGGACUUAUUACGUCUUAUUGUCCUCCACGCUACGAGUGCUACUCUCAACCUUCCUUUCCCAUGGGUCACAAAACGAGCAGAUUCAGUACCUCGCGCGCACUUUUUUGACAGAGUAUCGACCUAAUAUGGUUGGCGUGUUCAAGAAAUAUGCAGGCGUGAACGGGAAGAUUGAUGAGAAAAUUCGUCCUCUCGUAGCCGAGUCCGUGCGGUGUUUUACGGGUCUAGUCACAUUGAGCGGAUUCGUGGAUUUCGAGGACGACGCCCGGCUUGAUGGUGCACAGUACGGAAAAUUCUCAUAAGAGGAUGCGAAAAUGCGGACGAGCAUAACGAUUGGUUUCUGCUUUGGACAAGGACAUCGAAAAUGUUUGUGGAGGAACAUCUGAGCGGCAUAAAACGAAAACGAGUAGACGACGUGAAUGUCUAGAAAGCUUGAAUGAAAAGUGUCAUCAUCUGUGUAG